UCUGCCUCCUGAGUGCUGGGAUUAAAGGGAUGGGUCACCUACCACGACUCACUUCAGCUUGCUUUGUUACAUAUUUCAGGACCACCAGCCCAAGGUCCUCCCACACCAACCAUCAAUCUAAAAAAAUGCACCACAGGCUUGCCCACAGGCCAAUCUGGAGGAAGUAUUUUCUCAGUUGAGGUUUCCUCUCCCAAAACGAUGCUAGCUUAAGUCAAGAAGUUUAUGACAUGAAACUAGCCAGCACAUAUUGGAAGAAUCAGAUAGGCUUGCAGUUCAUAGCAAGAAUAAAGAAUUAGAACUGGAAUUUCAUCACUCUGUUGCUGGUCUAUUGUAUUUCUGCUUCAGUUUCUUUUCACCAGUUAAACUAAGGUCAGUAUGAUUCCUUUCCUGAAUUCCAGUUAUUUGUUCCAGGAAUCAGUUAAGUGUAAAAGCUUUAACUCACAUCCCAACUGUGAACAGAACAUUUCUGUUGAUUGCACUUGUAGUCAGCUUUAAUGUGGGGCUUCUUAUUCAUUGUCAUUGUCCGCCUGCUUGCUACUGUGUGCUAAGAUACAUUUUCUGAACCCGAGAUUUAACCAACUUCUUUGGGUUGGUGUGGGCACUAAAUUAAUGAGCUGAGCUGAUCACUGUGAGCUCCUUGGAUUCUGACUGAGAUGAAUUUGAGUUAUUUAUCUUCAAUAUCUCGUGCUUGUGACUGGAACUGAGCCCAUUGCUUCCCUCUGGCCAUUCCCACAAGGCUCUGUUCCCAAGAAAGAACUGCAUUUGGUAGGCACUGCUAGUGUGACUUACUUUUUCCCCCUUAGUUUGACCUAAUAUCUGACUAGAAGCAACACAAAGAAGGAAGAAUUCUUUUGGCAGAGGUUUCAGUGAUACAGUGUAUCCUGGAGGGACAAGGCGGUGGGAAAGGCAUUAGCCGGCUCCUCGGUGGGAGGAGUGCCUGCCGGCUUGCUUGUAUCUCCGCUGAUACAAAGGAAAGGACACAAAGCAAGGCCAAUCUAUAAAACCUGAAGUUCUGUCCCCCACUGACCUAUUUCCUAAAGUUCUGAAACAGCACUGGCUUCUGGGGACCAAGUAGUCAAACACAGGAGCCUGUUGGGGAGUGGGGCAUUGCACAUUCAAACUGUGACGGGGAGUUUUCUUAAAUCUUGCAUAAAAAAGAAACAGCUACAACAAAAACUCUUGAGAAUCUGGUCAGUAGUCAGAGAUCCAAGAAAUAAGUUUAGCUCCAAAGUCCGAGACUUUAUGAAAUAAAUGAGAUGAGGGUAGGAGUGUGGAAGCUGGCUUUUAACUAGGUUGGCAGCAUGGCCUAUACCGCCUUGCCAGUGAGUAGGACAGGAGCAUCCUUUGUAGCCUCCUGCUGUCUCCUUCACCUUUUGCCUUCUUUCUUCCUACAAACCUCUUAAGUGGCAGUACCUUAGGUAACUACAGUGUUUCCUGAGACCCUGUCUUUUCCCUGACUCCAGCGCUGGUGCAAAUACAACUCAAGAAGUAAAGAGUGCAGCUAAGGUUAUACUUGUAGACAGACCGCAGUGCUGUUAUCUGCCACUGCUACCUACUGUUUACUACUGUGUGCUGAGCUGGAGGGCAGUGAUGUUAUAGUCAGCCUGCUGCCUAAGCUGCAGAUUGGAUUCCAAGGAUUUCAGAAGAAUGGUGUUGGCUACAGUUCAGGACCUGAGCCCAAUAGAUUGCAAUGGGAGCGAGAGAGCUAACAGUGCCAAUUUGCCUGGGUGGAGGGAGGUUGGGAGGCAGGGUUGCCCUUGAAUGUACCAACUCCUGCUUCUUGGUAGCCAUGCAUUGAUUCCUGGUUGCUGUGAGAAAAGAGCCCAGUGACAUCCCAGCUGCAUCAUGAAGUGGGACAGUGAUUAUUACUUGUUUUUUGUUUUGGUUUUCGAGACAGGGUUUCUCUCUGUAGCCCUGGCUGUCCUGGAACUCACUGUAGACCAGGCUGGCCUCAAACUCAGAAAUCCACCUGCCUCUGCCUCCCGAGUGCUGGGAUUAAGGGCGUGCACUACCACGCCCGGCUUGAUUAUUACUUGUUUUCUAUGAAUUUUUUAUUUCAACUUUUUAUUAUAGAGAAACAUGGAGAAAGGUUCCCACUUAACCACUUGUAAAUGUGCAGCGGCAGGAGCACUAACGGACUGAGUCCUCUCUCUAGCAUUAUUAUCUUCUACUAUUUUUCAAUGUGUAUUUAUUUUGUUUCAUGUGUACUAGUGUUUUACCUGCAUGUGUGUGUGUGUGUGUACCUGACAUGUGAUUGGUGUCCAAGGAAGCCAAAAGAGAGGAAUGGGGUCCCCUGGAACUGCAGUUACAAAUGCUUGUGAGCCAUCACGUGGGUGCUGGGAAUAGAACCCUGGUCCUCUGCAAGUGCGGUAAGUGUUCUUAACUGCUGAGCCAUCUCCAGCACCACCAUAGCUACUUUUAAAAGAUGGUUGUUUUUUUAUUGUUAUUGUCUGUAUUGUGAGUAGUGUGUAUCUGUGAGUGUGUAUGCAUGUGUGUGAGUGUUCCGUCGCACACUCCUGGCCAUCAUGACAGUUGGUUGAGCUGCUGUUCUUCCCACCUUCCCGUGGAUUGCAAGGACUGAACUCAGAUUGUCAGGCUGUGCGUGCGGCGGGUGCUUUUGUAGUAUCCUGACCUGGCUUUUCAAAUGACUGAAACAUUUUUUUAUAUCUAGGGAAAUGGUAACAUUUCAUGAUGUUCUGUUAUCAGAGUGUAAUUCAGAACCAUGAACAUGGAAUUUCUUUUUCUUUUUUUCUUUUGGGGAAGGGUCUCGUGUAGCCUAAGCUGGCCUCCUGUUCACUGUUUAGUGAUCUUAAACCUCUGAUCCUCCUGCCUCUUAAGUGCUGUGACUGCAGGCAGGUACCCUGUGACCCCUCUGAGUGCUGUGACUGCAGGCAUGUGCCACCAUGCCUAGUUUUAUGCAGUGCUAGGAACUGAAUUUAAGGCUUUGUGUGUGUAUGCUGGACAAGCACUUUGCUAAUCGAGUGGCAUCCACAACGGCUGGAAUGUUUAAAUACUGGAACCAGUUCUGCUGUUUUACACCACAGAGUUGGGCUCCUUGUAACCUUUCCGUAGCAGUGUAGGCAGUGGACUCUCAGAAGGUUCUGGAGCAGUGGCAUUAGCUAGGAAUGGCCCAGUGGUGAUGUGAGUGAGAGGACAGAUGCUGAGGGAUGACACUGGUUGGUGACAGGAUGGAAGUGUAGGUGUGACUGAGAAGUGGAGGGAGAGGCUGAGCACUCCAGAAAUGUCUUAUCCAUAGUCUCCACCACUGUGGAGUAAACAGGGAAGUUGGUUCUUGGGUCUCCCAGUAGGUGCUGUAUCCUAUGGGGCACAGCUACGGACACCUUUUUUUCUUCAGUGCUUACCAUGUACUAAAAAUGUACUCAGUGUUCACCAGGGUGAGAGCUUUGUGACCAGUCCUUGCAUGUUUGCCAUUAUGCUGUGUGAUCACAAAUAGUGCCAGGUUUUAUUGAAUUUAAGAUGCUGAUGCCAAGAGAUACAAUUGUAUGUCAUUAAGAAAAAAGAACCAGCACUUGGGAAGCAGAGGCAGGUGGAUCUUUGAGUUCAAGGCCAUCCUGAUCUACAGAACGAGUCCCAAGAUAGCCAGAGCUACGCAGAGAAAUCCUGUCUUGUAAAAAAGAAAAAGAAAAAGAAAAGAAAAGAAAAGAAAAGAAAAGAAAAGAAACAAAACAAAAACCAACCAAAUGCAAUCCAGCUGGGAUGCUGGUUUCCUGCAGAUAGCUUAGCUCCCCCAGGUUGGUGGCUCAGUUCUCAAGGCUGCUGCUAUUUGAGAUGCCACUAUCAACUGCAGGUUGUUUUACCUGUGCUUCUGACGGCCUGUUCUAAGUUGACAUUCCCCACCUCAUGUCUGGACUUCCAUUUCUUCCCUAGAAUAGGUCAUAGACCUCAGCGAACUCUUGGUGUUUACUGCCCUGUUAAGGAUGUUAAAAAGGAUGUCGGUGAACUCCAGAUGAUUGUAUACAGAGAACAAGAGGUAGGGGAGAGGGCGUCCUACCCUCUCCAGACGUACUUCUUCCUGGAAGUUAUCCUGAAGCUGGCUAAAAUGUCAUUUUUUUGGCCUUUGGUGCUAAAUUUAAUCUUUAGUCUGUUAUCUGUGUCAUUCCCUGAACACUUUUUUUUUUAAAAGAGUUUGGUACAGGACAGUGGGAACUCAAACGUGAAGGAGAAGAGGGUGUUAGAAGAAGCUGGACUUCAGAGGGCUGAAUCCACAAUUUUUUUUUUUUUUCAUAUUGUCUUAGCAAUAGCACCCAUCGUGACCCUCCCCAGGGUGCCAAUAUCAGCUGUGUCAUUAACACCCUUUGUAGGGGCCAGGGACUUAGGAUUUACCUGCCAGGUAAAGGGGACAAAGACCAAAUGUGUAUUUCCUGCUACCACACUGUGCCGUGUUUGCUACCAGUGUUAGGAACUUACUGGGAACUGCCUUUGUGGGCAGUGAGUCUCAUCCUCAUUGCUAGAGGUUACUGCUGUUCUUCCCUAGAAGCGGAUUGGUUGAUCGCUCCAUGUCUUUCUCUGUGUACAUGCUAAGACUCGAUUCCCUCCCAGCCACGGCCCAGCCCUGCUCUGUGAGGCUGCGGGUGCUUUACAUCACGUCCCGUUCCUUGACGCACUAAGAUUUAACAAGGGCACUUGAGAUGGUAGUGGUUGUCCUGCUCCUUUUGGUGUUUGCUUUCUUCCUAACAUCUGUUACACUUAGUGAUCUCAGCACACCUGGGCUAGACAUCCCCUCCUCUGUCUCCAGUCUCACAGUAGGAUGGAUAUCUUUACUCGAGAAAAAUCACCCAAGUCCUUCCUCAUGUCAGCAGUUAACAGAACAUACUCCUUGUCUCUACGGAACUCAGAGGCUUAAGAUAAGCAGGGGGGAGACUAGAACCCGAUUGGAUAACUUUUUUUUCCCCCAUGAUUGGAUAACUUUUGAAAUGUGAUUACUUAUUUGUAGCAAACUUUAUGCUAAAGCACUUUCCACCCACUGCUUUAUGUCAGUAAUCACGGGGCUUCAUUUUACAGAGAAAACAGAGAAAGAGACGUUUUGAGAUUUGCUCAAGGUUAGCUAACUUGCUACUAAAACCCAGGCCAGCCCACACCCUUUCCGAGGCUGUCUCCCGUGCUUGUUAAUACUCUCCAGCUCUGGGCCUCAGGUGUGCUCAGAGUGCUGGGUGCAGGGUAGGUGAGGAAACUAAUGAUGGUCUCAUUGUACACAGCACUUCAACUGCUGCAGUAUCUUCUUGGAACAAAGACUAUAAGACACCAACCUCCACAACUCCUGAAUGUGUCCAGAGUUAACUGCCAUUAUGAUAUGGUAAAAGAUCAGAGCAAACCUAAACGGCCAGGGUGCUGCGAGACCUUCCUGCCCUGGAUGAGCACACGUGUACAGGGCGUAGGGCACAGAGGAGUGCUCUCUGUCCUGCGCUGCUGCUGUAGGUGGGCCAGACCUGGAGCUGUCCAACAAGGAGGGAAUGGAUCCCAAAGAUGAAAGCGCUCAUGUGUGGCCAACGUCUGCAGACCAUGAACAGAGCACUGCACAGGUGCACUUUGUUCCGGAUGCCGGAACUGUGGCUCAGAUUGUAUACACUGACGACCAAGUCCGUCCACCCCAGCAGGUGGUGUAUACAGCAGAUGGUGCCUCCUACACGUCAGUGGACGGUCCAGAGCACACACUGGUCUACAUCCACCCGGUGGAAGCUGCACAGACUCUGUUUACAGACCCAGCCCAGGUAGCUUAUGUCCAACAGGAUGCCACAGCUCAACAGGUGCUGCCUUCCAUUGAGAGUGUGCAUGGUUCCGACCCUCUGGCGACUCUGCAGAACCCCAUUGCCAGACUAGAUGCAAAAGAGGAAGAGGAAGAAGAAGAAGAUGAGGAUGAGGAUACAGAGGAAGAGGAGGAAGAGGAUGCUGAAGACACAGAUGUUGAUGACUGGCAGCCUGACCCGCCCCGGCCUUUUGACCCCCAUGACUUGUGGUGUGAGGAGUGUAACAAUGCACAUUCUUCCGUGUGCCCGAAGCAUGGCCCCUUGCAUCCCAUCCCUAACCGGCCUGUGCUCACCCGGGCAAGAGCGAGCCUGCCUCUGGUCCUCUACAUAGAUAGGUUCCUCGGAGGAGUGUUCUCCAAAAGACGGAUUCCCAAGCGCACCCAGUUCGGCCCAGUGGAGGGGCCGCUGGUCAGGGGAUCGGAGCUGAAAGAUUGCUAUAUUCAUCUCAAGGUUUCUCUUGAUAAAGGAGACAGAAAAGACAGGGAUUUGCAUGAAGACCUGUGGUUUGAGUUGUCCGAUGAGACUCUUUGUAACUGGAUGAUGUUUGUGCGCCCAGCCCAGAACCACCUAGAACAGAACCUGGUAGCUUACCAAUAUGGCCACCAUGUGUAUUACACAACAAUAAAGAACGUGGAGCCCAAGCAGGAACUGAAGGUGUGGUACGCUGCAUCCUACGCUGAGUUCGUGAAUCAGAAAAUCCAUGACAUAUCUGAAGAAGAGAGGAAAGUUCUUCGAGAGCAAGAGAAGAACUGGCCGUGCUAUGAGUGCAAUCGGCGGUUUAUCAGCUCAGAGCAGCUGCAGCAGCAUCUUAAUUCUCACGAUGAGAAACUGGACGUGUUUACCAGGACUAGAGGGAGAGGAAGGGGUCGAGGGAAGAGGAGAUUUGGUCCUGGCCGGCGACCCGGGCGUCCUCCAAAAUUUAUCCGUUUGGAAAUCACCAGUGAAAAUGGGGAAAAGAGUGACGACGGAACACAGGACUUGCUGCAUUUCCCUACAAAGGAACAGUUUGAUGAGGCAGAACCAGCUACUCUGAAUGGACUAGAUCAGCCAGAACAAGCGUCCAUCCCAAUUCCUCAGCUGCCACAGGAAACCCCGCCUUCUCUGGAGCAGGAACCAGAAACUCACACCUUGCACCUGCAGCCACAGCAAGAGGAGAGCCUCGUGCCUACCCAGACCACUCUGACAGCCGAUGACAUGCGCAGGGCCAAACGCAUCCGACUGGAGCUGCAGAAUGCAGCUCUUCAGCAUCUGUUUAUCCGGAAGUCCUUCCGGCCUUUUAAGUGUCUGCAGUGUGGGAAGGCCUUCCGGGAAAAGGACAAACUGGACCAACACUUGCGCUUCCAUGGGCGGGAGGGGAACUGCCCGUUGACCUGUGAUCUCUGUAACAAGGGCUUCAUCAGCAGCGCCUCCUUGGAGAGCCACAUGAAGCUGCACUCGGACCAGAAGACUUACUCUUGCAUUUUUUGCCCAGAAUCCUUUGACCGCCUUGAUUUGUUGAAAGAUCAUGUGGCCAUUCAUGUCAAUGAUGGCUGCUUCACCUGCCCAACUUGUAAGAAACGGUUCCCAGAUUUUAUCCAGGUGAAAAAGCACGUGCGAAGUUUCCACUCUGAAAAGAUCUACCAGUGUACAGAGUGUGACAAGGCCUUCUGUCGCCCCGACAAGCUGAGACUGCACAUGCUCCGGCAUUCCGACCGCAAGGACUUCCUGUGUUCCACCUGCGGGAAGCAGUUUAAGCGAAAAGACAAACUCCGAGAGCACAUGCAAAGGAUGCAUAACCCCGAGAGGGAGGCCAAGAAAGCUGACCGCAUCAGCCGUUCCAAGACCUUCAAACCACGGAUCACAUCCACAGACUACGACAGCUUCACGUUCAAGUGCCGCCUGUGCAUGAUGGGCUUCCGGCGGCGAGGCAUGCUGGUAAAUCACUUAUCAAAGAGACAUCCAGACAUGAAGAUAGAAGAGGUGCCUGAGUUGACCCUGCCCAUCAUAAAACCCAAUCGAGAUUACUUCUGUCAGUAUUGUGAUAAGGUUUAUAAGAGCGCCAGCAAGCGCAAAGCCCACAUUCUGAAGAACCACCCAGGAGCUGAGCUCCCGCCAAGUAUUCGGAAACUGCGUCCUGCUGGCCCUGGAGAGCCUGACCCUAUGCUGAGCACCCACACUCAGCUGACGGGUACCAUUGCCACCCCUCCUGUCUGCUGCCCACACUGCUCCAAGCAGUAUAGCAGCAAGACCAAGAUGGUGCAACACAUUCGAAAGAAACACCCAGAGUAUGCCCAGCUUCCCAACACCAUCCACACACCACUGACGACAGCUGUGAUCAGCGCCACCCCAGCUGUCUUAACGACAGAUAGUGCCACUGGAGAGACUGUGGUGACAACAGACCUGCUAACUCAGGCGAUGACAGAACUGUCCCAGACCUUAACAACGGAUUACCGAACACCUCAGGGGGACUACCAAAGGAUUCAGUAUAUCCCUGUGUCUCAGUCAGCAUCUGGUCUGCAGCAGCCUCAGCACAUACAGUUGCAAGUGGUGCAGGUGGCUCCGGCCACUUCCCCACAUCAGUCUCAGCAGUCCACAGUGGACGUUGGCCAGCUGCACGACCCUCAGACUUACACGCAGCACGCCAUCCAGGUGCAACACAUCCAGGUCACAGAGCCCGCCCCUGCGGCUCCGUCAGCAUCCCAGGUAGCUGGGCAGCCAUUGAGCCCCUCUGCUCAGCAGGUACAGCAGGGGCUCAGCCCCUCCCAUAUCCAAGGCAGUUCUUCCACACAAGGGCAGGCUCUCCAGCAGCAGCAGAAUUCCUCUGUACAACACACAUACCUCCCCAAUGCUUGGAACUCCUUCCGUGGUUACUCAUCUGAAAUUCAAAUGAUGACACUGCCCCCAGGUCAGUUUGUGAUCACAGACAGUGGUGUGGCAACCCCUGUUACUUCUGGGCAAGUGAAAGCAGUGACUCCGGGUCAUUAUGUGUUAUCAGAAAGCCAGCCAGAAUUGGAGGAAAAGCAAGCCUCUGCUCUCUCUGGAGCAGUCCAGGUUCAGCCCUCUGCACACAGUGACUCCCUGGACUCCACAGGCCCCAGCCAACAGCAGACUACACAGUACAUCAUCACAACCACCACCAAUGGCAACGGGGGCAGCGAAGUGCACAUCACCAAGCCGUAGCCUUCAUCCCAUAGCUGGAGUCCAGAGCUCACACCACAAUUUUGGAAUCUGAAGCUCCAAACACCUCGCGACCUCUUUUUAAAGAUUUAUUACUCUCUCAAGCGUUUGGAAACUGCAGUUUUGACAACGUAGACCAAGGGUGAUUUUUGCCAAGGUCACCUUGAGUCAAUUGACUCUUCAAACCCUUGGGAUUUCUGCCAUGGAAUGCAGCUCUUUCAGGGGAAAGUUAACUUCUAGAUGGAGGAACUUGCGCCUUUGCUCUUGAGCUGGUUGUUUGUUUUGUUUUUGUUUUUGAACACACUGACAAGCCUUACUUGCCCUUCGUGGAAAUGCUCAGUGGCUGGUAUUAUGUUCAUACCAAAGGUGGAGACAGGAUGUACCAAGUCCGUGGCCACUGGACUUCUGAUAUCCAAGCUAUGGCAUCAAAAGAGAAGGAACAUUUAUUUUAUGGGUGUGAUUAGGUCAGGACCGCUAUAUCUCAUGCAUUGAGUUUUCAGUAAUUUUAACAAAGGCAGCUAGCUUAUUGGGGGGAAAAUUAAAAUAAGAUAAAGGUUUGAUGGUGGUGCUCUGAACGAAACUGCCAUCUACAUUUUUCUUAUUGCUGAUCUCUCUCUUUCUCUCUCUCUCUCUUUCCUAUAUGGGGUCUUACUCUGCUGCCCAGUAUAGCCCUGAGCUUAUGGGCUAAUGGGAUCCUCCUGCCUUAGCUGCCCACGUAGCUGGGACCACAGUCAGGCACUAUCAUGGCAGUUGUUUUUAAACUAUCUUGUUUCAGAAAACCUGAAACCUGGGCAGCAGCAGUCCUCCCUACAAAUGCUGUCCCCAGGCCGAUCUGGCCUCACGGUCCACAAGCAGACUCCCUGGAAGACAAAAGGACGCAUGAUCUGAACAGGAGUUGAGCCCCUUUGUUAAAGCUCUGCCUCCAGGCUUUGGGUAUAUAUAGCUGUGUUUAAGAAGGAGAUAUAGUUCUACGAAAAAUAUAUAAAUUAUAUAUAUAUGUAUAGACAUAUAUAUACAAAUACAUACAUACUUAAGGAGAGAGAGAGAGAGAGAGAAAGAGAGAGAGAGAGAGAGAAUGAAUGAGAACUGAAGACUUGGCCUGCCUUGCGGGAUCCACAUACACAUAUUGUCCACUUAUAAAGGAUGGGUUCCUUACUCUACAUACAUAAACUCAGGUGUUUAUGUAUAACACUUUUGUGUGUGAUGCUAGAAAUCAGACCCAGGGCCUCUUGCAUGCUAGGCAGGUUUCCCACCACUGAGCUACAACUCCAGCCCCCACCUCGCACUCUGGUUCCCAGCAUUGGGCGUAUUUUAGUACUUUCGAUCUUUCGAUGCUGUCUUAAAAAUGAAGAUUCUUUAAGGUUGGGUAGAAAGGUGGCCUUUCUUACUUCUAAGCAUUUUAAACUUUAAGCCUGUCAUUAACUCACCCAGACCUUGAUAUAAGAUAACCAACUUCCCACUGAGGGCAAAAAUGAAAAUAAAGGGACCAUUGUAAUAGGCUGAGAUAAAGGGAUGGGUGUGAAGGAAUAUUAAUGCAGUUAGUUCUGAGAGGAGCAGUUGUUUGUGUGAUAGUGGUCUUCUAUGUGUUCCUGUUUGGGAGUCGUAUUUGCUGUGGAUCUAGUGGGGAGGUGUCGCCCUUUUUUUUACGACGCAUUCCAGUUGUACCCAUAAGACAUCUUCAAAGCCUGUAUUUUAACAACUUUUGUGACAUAUUUAAAAAUAAUUAUUGUAGAGUGAAUUUAUCACUCCAGAUCAGGGACACCUAAGUUAAUUUCAAAUGAAGUUAACUAAUUUAUUUUAUUUACAUUUCUAAGGAAAAACUGGGUCUGUGGUUUAAGAUAUAGAGUAACUUUUGGGUGGUAAAGACGCCCUCCUGAAAAGUAAUCAUUUGGUUUGAAGUCACUUUAUUUAUUACGUAGAUCCUGUGCUUCCCUCUUGGGAUCUCAUUCAUAGACCAUGUCUGAAGAUUUGGGCAUGAAAAGAACCUGGGAAAAUUACCUCAAAAAAUGUGUGGAAACUGAAAAUGGACUCUGUAUCUUUGCCAACAAAAAGGUAACAGUAAUUUCAACAUGAAAUGUUGACUCCAGUCACGAAAUGCAAGACUCUGUUCCCCCAAGUCCUGUGGUGUAAUGACUGUAACUGUCUCGGGUUUUCCAAAAAGCCUGUAGUGUUGUAACUAUCCCAGGGUCUUAUCCAGAGAGACUUAGGAGGUAAGGAGCGGUAGACCAUCUCAAAGGUACAGUUGGAGUUUUUGUAAUUUAUAUUUGCCCUGCUGGAGCUGGGCGUGGGAGUGCACACCUUUAAUCCCGCGCUUGGAAGGUUGAGACAGGAUUCUCUUUGAGUUGGAGGCCGGCCGCUCCUACAAAGAGUUCAAGGACUGCUAGGGCUAUACACAGAGAACCCCUGACUUGAAAAAACUACACAAGUAAAUAAAUAAAUUUGAUCUGUUGGAUUCUCUUUAAUGUGAGCCAGCAAGGUAUCUCCCCUCUUCUCAGGAAUAACCCAGUGAUUAAAAUAAAGCCAAUCACUGAAGGAAUGUUGGUUUUAUGCCAGUUAUUUUUAACUUUUAAAAUAUACAGAGGAAAAUACUCUUGAAGGACCUUUUCAUCUCUUUCUCUUUUUUUGGUCCUUAUAUGAAAUAAGUAGAUCUCAGAACAUACACCAUCACUAUUCUAAGAUCAGGUAUUUUAUGAAUUUAUCCCGAGGUGACAGAAGAGAUGGCAGAGUAUAAUCCCUCUGACAGCCCAAUCUGGGAAACAUGUGGCCAAGGUUUCUAUGGUGAUCUCUCCCUCCCAGACACAUUGACACUGUAGACUGCAUUCAUUACAGCGGGAAUAUUUUGAAGUGGGUUGGAUGUAUAUUUUUUUUUUUACAUUUUUAUUGUUUAGUUUGUGCCCAGAAAAAUGGUUAUUUCAUCAUGUAACAUUCCUAUUUUUCUGGAAAGACUUUUCUGUUUUGAUGUUCUUGAAUUAUUUUCUGACCUGGAAUUAUCCUUUCAAAAAAAAUUCUUAAAAGAUGUAGAGCUAAAAAGUACCUAAUGAGAAGCUGAAGCUGGCCCAUUGGUUGAAAGUAUUGAUUCUAUCUUGUUAUUUAAAUGUGAACAUUUAUUGUAUAUUCAGUGAGUUAUAGUGUUAAUAGUCUUGUGCUACACAGCAGGUGUAAAAAAUUAAUAAAUAUUUUUUUAA